AUGACUACGGACGACACGGGCAGAGAAUGGGCACUCGAGGUGUUGCGCCAUAGCCUCCGAAUCUCCCGUUUACCCGACGAGUUCUCGACAUCUUCCGACCACCCGAUACGACUCGACCCCGAGCGGCUCCAGUACAUCCGAGAGCUCAUCGCCUACAUUCUCGACGGCCGUACCAUCGCAGCGAGUUAUAAUCUGGUCCUGCUGGCAGUUCUCGGCCUCUUCGUCGUUCAUCAUAUAUAUCAGAGUGCGAAAGACAGGUCGAGAUGGAUGGCGAUUGAGAGAACGGGGACGGACCGUGACGAGGAGGCGCGGAAGCUAGCGCAUGGUGGACAGGACGGGACCGACUCUUCCUCUAGCAGCAGCAGCACGCUGGAGGGCGAUUCGACAUCCCAGGACAGUGCCAAACCAAUAGAUCGCGAUCUUGAGCGGCAGCCUCUGCUCGGAGAUCGAACGCGCGGAGGAGCUUCAAGCAGCCCAAGGACCAGCCGGCUAGACAUCCCGAGGUCCUGGCUGAUGUAUCAGCCCCCGCCAAUCCCUGUGGUGAACCGCACGCUGCCCUCAAACGGGACCUCCCUCUUCAUCGUCUUCUUCCUGGGCCUGAACAUCUUCUUCAACUUCUACAAGUCGCCGCUCGAGCCGCCGCGGUUCGCCUUCGCCUUCAUCGACCGGGCCGGCGUUGUCUUCGUCGUCAACCUGCCCCUGCUCCAACUCCUAGCGGCCAAGAACCAGCCGCUUAAGCUGCUGACGGGCCGCUCCUAUGAGGCCCUCAACAUCUACCACCGCCGCAUCGGCGAGCUGAUGUGCCUCGAGGCGCUCGUCCACGGCGUGGGGAUGAUCGCGUGGAGGCUGUGGAUCUCGCCCGAGUGGUUGGUUGUGGACGACCUCUGGCACUACUUCACUCAUCCCCUCAUACUACUGGGUCUCGGCGCGUUUGUGUCGUACGAACUGCUGUACUUCACGUCGCUCGGCAGCUUUCGCGAGAGGUGGUACGAGGUGUUCCUGGCGUCGCACGUAAUCCUGCAGAUCGCCGGGCUGGCAUUUCUCUGGUUUCACUUCCACACCACCCGGCCGUACGUGUAUGCUUCGCUGGCCAUAUUCUUUGUUGAUAGGCUUGUCUGGAGGUUGGGGAUCAAGUCGACGACUGCUAAAGCUGACCUCACUAUCCUGGAAGAUGGCGAGACGGUGCUUCUCUCGGCUGAUUGGACCAUCCCGCAUCCCCAGCAGCCGACCGUCCUCGGGGUAUUCCAACGGGGGAUUUCACAUGGUUGGCACCCAGCAGACCAUGUCUUCGUCUCAAUACCGAGUCUUGGUGGGAGUCAUAGGCUGCAAGCACACCCCUUCACCAUAGCUUCUGCGGCACCCGAAACCUCAUCCGCGGGUUCGCGCAGCCAUGCAUGGCUCAGUCUUCUGAUCCGAGUGCACUCCGGAUUCUCUUCCGAUCUCCUGAGACAUGCACAGUUGAACUCGACGGUCGACGUCAGAUUCGACGGGCCAUACGGCUCGCAAGACCCGCUCAACAUGCUCCGGGCCAGCGAGAAUGCCGUCCUCAUCGCCGGCGGAUCAGGCAUCGCAGUCGUUCUUCCCCUGGCCUGGGCUCUGGCCCGGAAGUACAGGGGCCGGAGACAGGUCCAUCUUCUAUGGAUCAUCCACUCUCGAACCCAGCGGUCUUGGAUCCUCCCGCAAGAAAGGCUGGGCGAGCUAUGUGAGGCCGGUGUCCGCGUUACUAUACCGGAGCCCACGAUCGAGGCAGGUAGACCCGACAUCUUCGCUUAUGUUGCCGAUUUGACAGCAACUGCACAUGGCGAGAUCGGGGUGGUAGUGUCCGGCCCUGACGGCCUGAAUCGCUCUGCUCGAAAUGCGUGUGCUAGGGCGGUAAGAUCUGGGGCCGGCAUGAACUUGCGGGUAGAGAAGUUUGGUUGGUGA